AUGGAAGAGAGCAAGGACAGCCAUGAGGAUGAACAAGGUGAGACAUCAGCUGAUCCGUCUUCUCCAUCUUGUCCAUUACAGUUACGUUUCAAAGAGUUACCUUAUCACCUUCAACAUUGUUUGAUGUACUGUUCCAUAUUCCCCGAGAGCUACCUGCUUUCAAAAGCGGCACUUAUCCGGUUACUAGUAGCCCAAGGACUGAUACAGGAAAAAGCAGGGAGGAUUAUGGAGGAUGUAGCAGAGGAAUAUGUCUGUGAAUUGAUCAACCAGAGACUGCUUCGGGUAAAAGAUAAAUACAACCGGAGUAGAGGGACUCAAUUAAGGGUCCCCUGUCAACUUCAAAAGUUCUGUGUUAACCAACUCAUGGAAGGAAAAUUUGCAGCCUUUAAAGUUUUCAUUUGUUCAGACAUCUCACAACUGAAAUCGCAAAUGAACAAUCUUCAAGUAACUGGUUUAUUUCUGCUAGCACAUGAAGAUCUAUCUCAAAAUGAUGGUAGUUGGCUACAAUUUGAUGAUGUGAGCACUUUAAGAGUGCUUGAGCUGAAAGAUAGCAAAAUCAAAAAGUUACCAGCUGAAGUGGGAGACCUAGUAAACCUCAGGUAUCUUGGCUUGAAAAGCACGGAUAUCAAUGAGCUCCCAGGGGGGCUAGGCAGAUUACAAGCCCUGCAAACCUUGGAUAUUAGAUGGUGUAGGGAUUUAACAGGCUUGUCAGAUGAGAUACUCAAGCUUGUAAGAUUGAGGCACCUCAAAAUGUUCAAGACCAGUGGCGUUUGUGGGAUGAAGCUACCUGCAGGAAUAGGAAGACUCACCGAUCUUCUGACCUUGACAGGUAUAUAUGCGGGUGGUGGUAUUGCAGCUGAACUAGGUAACCUGACAGGGCUCAGAAGACUUGGAGUGAUGGACGUGGAUGAGGAAAGUAUCACUGAGCUAUUUGACUCUAUUAUGAAGAUGGCGGGCCUUCUAUCCUUGUCCUUGGAAGCAAAAUACAGUUACCCUGGGAGAAAACUUGUCAUCUUGGAGUCAUUCUCACCUCCGCCGUUUCUUCGAAAGCUUCGCCUUGAGGGCAUCCUAGAAAAGCUACCUGCUUGGUUUGGUUCCUUGGAUAGGCUCACAAGGUUAAGAUUAGGUUCCUCCCAUUUGUGUGAGAACCCAUCAAUGGUACUUCAAGCCCUACCCAACUUACAAAGCUUAACUCUUUGGGAGGCUUAUGAUGUAAAGCAAAUGGGAAAAGAGUUCUGUAGUGCUGGUGGAUUUUUAAAGCUUGAGAUUCUCAUCAUCGCUUCUGGUGUUCUCGAGGAGUGGACAGAACUUGAAGAGGGAGCACUACCUAGCUUGAAGUACCUCCACUUGCACAGUUGUAUGCGGCUGAAAAUGUUACCUGAAGGUUUGCAAUCCCUCUCCACACUGGAGCAGUUGCAUUUACUGCCUCUGCUGGAUGAUCAUGCAGGACGGCUGAAACCUGAUGGUGGAGAGGAGUAUUACAAAAUUAAGCACAUUCCAGAGAUAUCAUACAUUACAAACUCGAUGGUACAAGAAUAUGUGACAACUGGGAAAGGAGGAAUAGAAAUGUUGCAAGGUUAA